GUUGACCUGAAGCUGCAGGGGCGAGGGGGGUGUGAUCCCGCAGGCCUGGAGAGAGGUCAGAGAGCAGCGAGGACGCGAGGAUACCACACGUAAGCACCGAGGAGCCGAGGAACAACGGGGGGAAAAAAAGCAUGGAUUCAGGCCGUUGGAUGUGAGAUUUUACCGGGUUGCUUCUGCAGGACGAGGCCGUGGAGUGGACUCGUCAUGGCAGAAGGAGGCAGUGCGCAGAGCGAGGAGGAGGAGGCCGCCCCAGUGUCCCGGGGCAGCGGCGUGUGCAAGUGGUUCAACGUGCGCAUGGGCUUCGGAUUCCUCUCCAUGAGCAGCCGGGAUGGGGUCGCAGUGGAGCCGCGCGUGGACGUAUUUGUGCACCAGAGCAAACUGCACAUGGAGGGGUUCCGCAGCCUGCGAGAGGGAGAGCCAGUGGAGUUUACAUUCAAAAGGUCCUCUAAAGGCCUGGAGUCCCUGAGGGUAACCGGGCCAGAGGGAGCACCCUGCCUGGGGAGUGACCGCAGAUCCAAGGGCAGCCAGAAACGACGAUCCAAAACUGACCGAUGCUACAACUGUGGAACCCCGGGUCACCACGCCAAGGAGUGCCAGCUGCCCCCCCAGCCCAAAAAGUGCCACUUCUGCCAGAGCCUGUCUCACAUGGUGGCCUCAUGUCCACUCAAAGCACAGCAGAGGGCUGCACUGGACACCCAGGGAGCGGCCGUCGCCAUGGAGACGGAGGCAGGACCCAGCCAAGGCAUGGACACUGAGAUGGCCGACUGACACUUUGACCUGGACUGUGGACAGUAGGCAGGAGUGGACAAAGCAGUGGAGAGGUAGAGGCUG